CUGAUAAAUUUUAUGCGGGAAAGAUUUAGUGAGUAAACGGUAGACGCGACGUGAUAUAGUGGUUAUUUUAAGUACCUAUCAGUUUUCUUUGUUAGUUAAAAGGAUCCGUUGCUUUUCCUUGAUAAAUAAACCAAUAAGGAUUAAUUAUUAAAGACGUGGUUUUGAUUUAACGCUCAUUUGAAGAGCAGUUAUGGAAAUUUAAUUCAAAAAAUCUGUUUAUCAUACAUUUUCGCAGCAUAAUUAGCUAUGGAAGCUGUUCAUCUUAUCUUUGCUAUCCUAUCUUUGUUCUGCUUAUCGAAGAUAAGCGCUGUUGAAUACUCUCAAUUGGUAAACAUGGGUAUUAAUUGCCCAAGUUCGAUCAGCUGCGAUGCCAUUGGUCGCGCCAACUUCACCAGACGAAAUUGCGAAUGCGAUCGCAAUUGCGCUACCUAUCAGGAUUGUUGCGUUGAUGCCAGAUCAAGUUCUACAUCUCAAAACAGACGGAGUGCUACCUAUUCCUGCAUGCCAUUUGGAAACAUACCCCACAUGGGAGCAUACGUCAUCCAAACAUGCUCCAGGAAUUAUAAUGGCCCUGCUGAAAUGCAACGCAGAUGCCAAGAUCACAAUAACCAAAGUGAUCCGUUAAUGUCUGCUCCAGUAACAGAUACCGUGUCCCAAAUCUCUUAUAGGAACAGAUACUGCGCUGAGUGCAAUAACGUUGACAUGUCUAACGCACAAAGCUGGGUGAUACAAAUGAUUUGUGACUUUACAUCAAAUGUCAAUGCGAAUAACAGCUUCAUCUAUCGGAAUAUUUACUAUGUUCCCACUUCAAACGAGUGGAAGGUUGAUGUCAAUGGCAGAUCCUAUAAGUGUAAUUUGAAGUACGACAUACCAGCGUAUUUGCAGAACAAAGUCCGUCUAUGCAGAUCGAACGUAAUAUCCAGUUGCGCAAGUACCUGGACUCGGAAAAGAGUCCAGCGUGAGUGCGAGUCUUAUACUGCCAUUAUGUACGUUAAAGGAAGUGAUAAAGUGUACAAGAACCCGCACUGUGCUCUCUGUAAUCAUGUGACUGUGGACGCCCUGGCGUGUACUCCUGGUGAGUCAGCGGGAAAAAGAAAACCAUUCUCUUUUACUUUGCUCAUGGACUGGAAUCUGAGUAAUGAAGGAGAAGUGGUUGGCGUGUCGAGUGGAUCUUGUGGAUCGAAUCAGAAAUAUGAUCCGUACGCCAAAAAGUGCCGUAAUUUAGUCUGCUCUCUGCCAGGAUAUGAAAUGAUUAAUGGUAAAUGUAAGAAGCCGUAGUAACAAUCAGAGACAUAUUAUAGAGGAUAAACCACUCCAGCCAAAAUAGCUAAAGAAAACAAAGCGCCAUUGUCACA